AUGAUAUCGGGUGAGAAAAGCAUUUAUCACCCGAAAGAUGCUAUAAUGGCUGGUCUUUCUGGUGCAGGAAUGGCAGGUGCAGCCGGAGCCAUGAUAGCCGGUGUCCAAAAUUCGCUGAGUAAAAGCAACGUGGGGGCUUGGGGAAUAGUUUCAAGAUUUGGAGGCACCAUGGCAUUAUUCACUGCUGUGGGAGCUAGUUACGAGUUUGUGACAACUGCCUCCGCGAACCUACGUGAACAGGAUGAUAGUCUGAAUCCAGUACUAGGUGGUUUUGUUUCAGGCUCUUUGAUAGGAUUAAAAGCUGGAACAACACCAGCGGUACUUGGUUACGGAGCAGUGGCAGCAGUUCUCAUGGGUGCUUUCGACUAUACUGGUGGUCGCCUAACUGGACCUCGUCGAGACCCAGAAUUAGACGAAUUUGAACGAAAGCAGAUCAUAAGGAAGCAUCUUCCUCGCCCGAUUGAAGCGACUAUAGCAGAGAUAGGAGAAGGACGUGGAAUAUACGCCCCUGGUUAUGAAGAACGAAGGAGAGCAAGGCUCAAGGAAAAGUAUGGUAUAGAAGUACCUGUAAAGUCUUAA